UUAUUGCGAAACGCGGAAGGAAUCAUCUUUACUAUUGCCAAUUACAGCAUCUUUCUUUCCUCUGGAUUGGAGCUUCGUCGUCUCCCCUGCAUCUGCAUGCUGUGGUGGAUCUGAGAUCCAAAAGCUUUGGUUGAAGAAGAUUGGGUACAUACAUCUCAAACACACCAUCAGCACCAACUACUCCAUUUCUUCUUAUUAUUAGUCUCUUCUCUAUAUUUUCCCUUCGAUUUUUACUUUACGAGAAGACCUACUCACCUCUCUCUUCUGUCUCACCAGCUGCUUCAGACGAGGACAGGAGGAAAUUGAUUAUGGCAAACAUCAUAGCGGAUGCAUGUGUGGGGAAGAUUUACGAUUUGAUUGCAGAUCACGUGAUUAAAAACGUCAAGCGCCAUGUGGCCUAUGUGAUUCGAUACAAGGACAAGGUCCAGGAACUCGAACAAAAAAAUACGGAGCUCAGUGAAAAAAAGGAGAGAAUCCAGGAAAUGGUGGAUCGAGAGACAAACUGUGGGAGAGUCAUUAUACCUGCGGUCUCCAGUUGGCUAGAGAAACUAGUACAGAUGGAAGCAGGCAUCGCCAACCUCCCGCAACAAGAAAACGAAGAAUCCUUCAAGUGUUUUAAGGGCUGCAUGUGUCCCAACUUAACGUGGCGUUACAAGAGGGGUAAGGAAGCUGAUAAGAGGAAGUCGAAGCUCGAUGAACUGAUAAAGAAGGGCGACGAACUAAAGGAUUCGCCAGUGGCACGCUAUACAUCUUUCCAAUGGGAGCCGGAAUUUGAUUCUUCUCAGUAUUACACCAUGUUUAGCUCAAGAGCUUCAGUUGUUGACGACAUCAAGAAUGCUUUGAAGGAUUCUAACGUUGACAUGAUUGGGGUCCAUGGGCCUGGUGGAGCUGGGAAGACGACAAUGGUGAAAGAGGUUGCCAAAGAAGCUAAGAAACUAGGCAUUUUUGAUAAGAUUGUGAUUGCAGUUGUGUCUAAAGAUCCAAACAUCUCAAAACUACAAGAAGAUAUUGCAACCCAAUUGGAUCUCGAGUAUAAACAAAAAAGUGAGUUAGGAAGAGCAGAUGAGCUACGAAAGGCAUUGUUAAACGGGAAAAGAAAGAUACUGGUAACAUUGGAUGACCUUUGGCAAGUACUACACUUGAGAAAAAUUGGAAUUCCUAAUUCGGGCCUUGGCGAUAAAGGUUGCAAAAUUUUGCUAACCUCGCGUGACGAAGGUGUCUUCAAAGGGAUGAGCGUUCAUUCAACAUUUUCCAUUGGGUACUUGGAGCCGGAAGAAGCAUGGGAGUUGUUUAAAAAGGUGACGGAAGAAUAUUUUGGAGUUGAUGAAUUCAUAGCAAGAAAGGUAUGCGAGAAAUGUGCAGGUCUGCCUAUUGCUAUAGUUGCAGUUGGAGCUGCAUUAAAGGGCGAGGAAGAGUUUGAGUGGCAAAAUGCACUUGACGAAUUAGAGAAGUCCUCCGUAAAAUACAUUGAAGGACAAGGAGUUGAACAGGAGGGUUAUACCCCCUUGAAGUGGAGCUAUGAUUUUCUAAAAGACGAGGGUGCAAAGUCGUGCUUCUUGCUCUGCUGUUUGUUUGAAGAAGAUGCUGAGAUUUCUAUUGAUGACUUGGUUAGAUGGAGCUUUGCCUCGGGGUUCCUUGGAAGAAUGGAUACGCUGGAAGUUGCAAGAAUUAAAGUACAAAGCAUGGUUAAUAGGCUGAAAAAGUCAUGCUUGUUGCUAAAUGGAGCACAAAGGAAUUUUGUUAAAAUGCAUGACGUUAUUCGUGACCUUGCAAUUUCUAUCACAAAGGAGAAGCAAGCAGAACAAAGCGGUGGUCAAGAUUGGCCAGAGAAUAAUGCCUGGAAACAUUACCCAGCAAUGAUCAAUGAUGACAUCAUUCAUUUUCCUUGCGAUGUGUUCCAUUGUCCACUAAUGCAUACCCUUGCGUUGAAGCGUGGAAAAUCUUCACUUAAAAUUCCAAAUGAUUUCUUUCCAGGCAUGGAGGAGGCAAGAGUUUUAGCUCUGGAAGACAUGAUGGUGGACCUCCCAUCACUAGUUUUGGAGUUGAAUCAUCUUCGAAUGUUAGAGCUAAACAAUUGCCAAUUAUUAGGAGGCCCGUCUACAAUUCAUUAUCUGAAGAAUCACAUUGAGAUACUUAACUUUAAGGGAUAUAUGAUAGAGGAGUUGCCACAAGAGAUUGGAGAAUUGAUCCGUUUGCGGUCCUUGGAUAUGAGAGAGUGCACAAGUCUAAAGGUGAUUCCAAAGGGUGUGAUAUCCAAAUUGAUCAAUCUAGAAGAAUUGUAUGUUUCACCCAACUUUAAGAAAUGGGAAACUACUAUAUAUGGUGGGGGAAUGAGCAAUGCGAACAUUGCUGAGCUGAAAUCUUUGUCUCGAUUAACAGUUUUACAUGUUGGAAUUUCGGGAGAAAGUUUCACGAUUAUGAUGCAAGAAUGCCCCAACUUAUUUAAGAAAUUGAGUAAUUUUGCCAUAUUUAUAGGCGACAGUUAUAGUAAAAGUAAUCGAUCCCCAAAUGUUUUGGAAAUUGAUGGUAUUCACCAUAUAGAUGAGUUUCAUCUCUUGAUGGACAAAGUUGAAGAGUUGAGGUUGUCUAAUAUUCAAGACAUGAGAUAUCUACUUGGCAAGCCACAACGACACUUUACACUAAGUGACGGGAGAUCUUUUACUUUUAGAAAAUUAACCUAUUUAAAAAUUUCUGAAUGUAAUAGUAGUAAAUAUCUCUUUUCCCCAUCCUUUGCCAGAACACUCCAACAACUCCAAACACUAAAAGUACAAGAUUGUAGCAAAAUGGAACAAAUAAUUGGAGUAGGAGAUCAUUAUCAUGAAGAGGAAGUCGUUACUGAUGAGGCAAUUAUUUUCAGUCGGUUGAGAAAGAUGCAUUUGAAAGAACUUCCACAAUUUAGAAGCUUUUGCCUCAAAAUGCAGAAGACAACAAUUGAGGGAAACCCUUCAAAUUGGACUACACCAGGAGAUUCUAUCUUUAAUGAAGAGGUUUCUUUUCCCCUCUUAGAGGAUUUGGAAAUUAAUGAGUUACCAGUGAAAGCAAUUUGGAACAAGCAAAUGAUCCAAUCCUCAGAAGGAUCAAACAAUGCAUCUUUCUCUCAACUGAAGAAUGUCAAAGUAACUCAUUGUCGUAAUCUGGUAAAUGUGUUCCCCUCAAAUAUUCUCCCACAACUGCAAAAAUUGGAGACAUUACAGGUUCAGAGCUGUCCUUCUUUGACAUCAUUAGUAUCAGAGGCAAUGGGAGAAGGAGUGACCGAUGAUGGUAUGAUUAAGUUCUACAAAUUAAAUAAUUUGAUUCUUGUAGAUUUGCCAGAUCUCGAAAGCUUUUAUCAGUCCAAGUUUGAAACAUCACAUUUAUUUAAUGACCAGGUUUCUUUUCCCCUCUUAAAGAAUUUGAAAAUUAAUGAGUUAUCAAUGAAAGCUAUUUGGAAUAAGCAAACGAUCCAAUCCUCAGAAGGCUCAAACAAUGCAUCUUGUUCUCAACUGAAAAAUGUCGAAGUAACUCAAUGUCAUAAUCUGGUAAAUGUUUUCCCCUCAAAUAUGCUCCCACAAUUACAAAAAGUGGAGACAUUACGUGUUUGGAGCUGUCAUUCUUUGACAUCGCUAGUGUUAGAGGCAAGGGGAGAAGGAGUGACCGAUGAUUGUAUGAUUAAGUUCUGCAAAUUAGAAGAAUUGAUUCUUGUAGAUUUGCCAGAUCUCGAAAGCUUUUAUCAGUCCAAGUUUGAAACAUCACAUUUAUUUAAUGACCAGGUUUCUUUUCCCCUCUUAGAGGAUUUGGAAAUUAAUGAGUUACCAGUGAAAGUUAUUUGGAACAAGCAAACGAUCAAAUCCUCAGAAGGAUCAAACAAUGCAUCUUUUUCUCAACUGAAGAAUGUCAAAGUAACUCAUUGUCGUAAUCUGGUAAAUGUGUUCCCCUCAAAUAUUCUCCCACAACUGCAAAAAUUGGAGACAUUACAGGUUCAGAGCUGUCCUUCUUUGACAUCAUUAGUAUCAGAGGCAAUGGGAGAAGGAGUGACCGAUGAUGGUAUGAUUAAGUUCUACAAAUUAAAUAAUUUGAUUCUUGUAGAUUUGCCAGAUCUCGAAAGCUUUUAUCAGUCCAAGUUUGAAGCAUCACAUUUAUUUAAUGACCAGGUUUCUUUUCCCCUCUUAAAGAAUUUGAAAAUUAAUGAGUUAUCAAUGAAAGCUAUUUGGAAUAAGCAAACGAUCCAAUCCUCAGAAGGCUCAAACAAUGCAUCUUGUUCUCAACUGAAAAAUGUCGAAGUAACUCAUUGUCAUAAUCUGGUAAAUGUUUUCCCCUCAAAUAUGCUCCCACAAUUACAAAAAGUGGAGACAUUACGUGUUCGGAGCUGUCAUUCUUUGACAUCGCUAGUGUCAGAGGCAAGGGGAGAAGGAGUGACCGAUGAUGGUAUGAUUAAGUUCUACAAAUUAAAUAAUUUGAUUCUUGUAGAUUUGCCAGAUCUCGAAAGCUUUUAUCAGUCCAAGUUUGAAACAUCACAUUUAUUUAAUGACCAGGUUUCUUUUCCCCUCUUAAAGAAUUUGAAAAUUAAUGAGUUAUCAAUGAAAGCUAUUUGGAAUAAGCAAACGAUCCAAUCCUCAGAAGGCUCAAACAAUGCAUCUUGUUCUCAACUGAAAAAUGUCGAAGUAACUCAAUGUCAUAAUCUGGUAAAUGUUUUCCCCUCAAAUAUGCUCCCACAAUUACAAAAAGUGGAGACAUUACGUGUUCGGAGCUGUCAUUCUUUGACAUCGCUAGUGUUAGAGGCAAGGGGAGAAGGAGUGACCGAUGAUUGUAUGAUUAAGUUCUGCAAAUUAGAAGAAUUGAUUCUUGUAGAUUUGCCAGAUCUCGAAAGCUUUUAUCAGUCCAAGUUUGAAACAUCACAUUUAUUUAAUGACCAGGUUUCUUUUCCCCUCUUAGAGGAUUUGGAAAUUAAUGAGUUACCAGUGAAAGUUAUUUGGAACAAGCAAACGAUCAAAUCCUCAGAAGGAUCAAACAAUGCAUCUUUUUCUCAACUGAAGAAUGUCAAAGUAACUCAUUGUCGUAAUCUGGUAAAUGUGUUCCCCUCAAAUAUUCUCCCACAACUGCAAAAAUUGGAGACAUUACAGGUUCAGAGCUGUCCUUCUUUGACAUCAUUAGUAUCAGAGGCAAUGGGAGAAGGAGUGACCGAUGAUGGUAUGAUUAAGUUCUACAAAUUAAAUAAUUUGAUUCUUGUAGAUUUGCCAGAUCUCGAAAGCUUUUAUCAGUCCAAGUUUGAAGCAUCACAUUUAUUUAAUGACCAGGUUUCUUUUCCCCUCUUAAAGAAUUUGAAAAUUAAUGAGUUAUCAAUGAAAGCUAUUUGGAAUAAGCAAACGAUCCAAUCCUCAGAAGGCUCAAACAAUGCAUCUUGUUCUCAACUGAAAAAUGUCGAAGUAACUCAUUGUCAUAAUCUGGUAAAUGUUUUCCCCUCAAAUAUGCUCCCACAAUUACAAAAAGUGGAGACAUUACGUGUUCGGAGCUGUCAUUCUUUGACAUCGCUAGUGUCAGAGGCAAGGGGAGAAGGAGUGACCGAUGAUGGUAUGAUUAAGUUCUACAAAUUAAAUAAUUUGAUUCUUGUAGAUUUGCCAGAUCUCGAAAGCUUUUAUCAGUCCAAGUUUGAAACAUCACAUUUAUUUAAUGACCAGGUUUCUUUUCCCCUCUUAAAGAAUUUGAAAAUUAAUGAGUUAUCAAUGAAAGCUAUUUGGAAUAAGCAAACGAUCCAAUCCUCAGAAGGCUCAAACAAUGCAUCUUGUUCUCAACUGAAAAAUGUCGAAGUAACUCAAUGUCAUAAUCUGGUAAAUGUUUUCCCCUCAAAUAUGCUCCCACAAUUACAAAAAGUGGAGACAUUACGUGUUCGGAGCUGUCAUUCUUUGACAUCGCUAGUGUUAGAGGCAAGGGGAGAAGGAGUGACCGAUGAUUGUAUGAUUAAGUUCUGCAAAUUAGAAGAAUUGAUUCUUGUAGAUUUGCCAGAUCUCGAAAGCUUUUAUCAGUCCAAGUUUGAAACAUCACAUUUAUUUAAUGACCAGGUUUCUUUUCCCCUCUUAGAGGAUUUGGAAAUUAAUGAGUUACCAGUGAAAGUUAUUUGGAACAAGCAAACGAUCAAAUCCUCAGAAGGAUCAAACAAUGCAUCUUUUUCUCAACUGAAGAAUGUCAAAGUAACUCAUUGUCGUAAUCUGGUAAAUGUGUUCCCCUCAAAUAUUCUCCCACAACUGCAAAAAUUGGAGACAUUACAGGUUCAGAGCUGUCCUUCUUUGACAUCAUUAGUAUCAGAGGCAAUGGGAGAAGGAGUGACCGAUGAUGGUAUGAUUAAGUUCUACAAAUUAAAUAAUUUGAUUCUUGUAGAUUUGCCAGAUCUCGAAAGCUUUUAUCAGUCCAAGUUUGAAGCAUCACAUUUAUUUAAUGACCAGGUUUCUUUUCCCCUCUUAGAGGAUUUGGAAAUUAAUGAGUUACCAGUGAAAGUUAUUUGGAACAAGCAAACGAUCAAAUCCUCAGAAGGAUCAAACAAUGCAUCUUUUUCUCAACUGAAGAAUGUCAAAGUAACUCAUUGUCGUAAUCUGGUAAAUGUGUUCCCCUCAAAUAUUCUCCCACAACUGCAAAAAUUGGAGACAUUACAGGUUCAGAGCUGUCCUUCUUUGACAUCAUUAGUAUCAGAGGCAAUGGGAGAAGGAGUGACCGAUGAUGGUAUGAUUAAGUUCUACAAAUUAAAUAAUUUGAUUCUUGUAGAUUUGCCAGAUCUCGAAAGCUUUUAUCAGUCCAAGUUUGAAGCAUCACAUUUAUUUAAUGACCAGGUUUCUUUUCCCCUCUUAAAGAAUUUGAAAAUUAAUGAGUUAUCAAUGAAAGCUAUUUGGAAUAAGCAAACGAUCCAAUCCUCAGAAGGCUCAAACAAUGCAUCUUGUUCUCAACUGAAAAAUGUCGAAGUAACUCAUUGUCAUAAUCUGGUAAAUGUUUUCCCCUCAAAUAUGCUCCCACAAUUACAAAAAGUGGAGACAUUACGUGUUCGGAGCUGUCAUUCUUUGACAUCGCUAGUGUCAGAGGCAAGGGGAGAAGGAGUGACCGAUGAUGGUAUGAUUAAGUUCUACAAAUUAAAUAAUUUGAUUCUUGUAGAUUUGCCAGAUCUCGAAAGCUUUUAUCAGUCCAAGUUUGAAACAUCACAUUUAUUUAAUGACCAGGUUUCUUUUCCCCUCUUAAAGAAUUUGAAAAUUAAUGAGUUAUCAAUGAAAGCUAUUUGGAAUAAGCAAACGAUCCAAUCCUCAGAAGGCUCAAACAAUGCAUCUUGUUCUCAACUGAAAAAUGUCGAAGUAACUCAAUGUCAUAAUCUGGUAAAUGUUUUCCCCUCAAAUAUGCUCCCACAAUUACAAAAAGUGGAGACAUUACGUGUUCGGAGCUGUCAUUCUUUGACAUCGCUAGUGUUAGAGGCAAGGGGAGAAGGAGUGACCGAUGAUUGUAUGAUUAAGUUCUGCAAAUUAGAAGAAUUGAUUCUUGUAGAUUUGCCAGAUCUCGAAAGCUUUUAUCAGUCCAAGUUUGAAACAUCACAUUUAUUUAAUGACCAGGUUUCUUUUCCCCUCUUAGAGGAUUUGGAAAUUAAUGAGUUACCAGUGAAAGUUAUUUGGAACAAGCAAACGAUCAAAUCCUCAGAAGGAUCAAACAAUGCAUCUUUUUCUCAACUGAAGAAUGUCAAAGUAACUCAUUGUCGUAAUCUGGUAAAUGUGUUCCCCUCAAAUAUUCUCCCACAACUGCAAAAAUUGGAGACAUUACAGGUUCAGAGCUGUCCUUCUUUGACAUCAUUAGUAUCAGAGGCAAUGGGAGAAGGAGUGACCGAUGAUGGUAUGAUUAAGUUCUACAAAUUAAAUAAUUUGAUUCUUGUAGAUUUGCCAGAUCUCGAAAGCUUUUAUCAGUCCAAGUUUGAAGCAUCACAUUUAUUUAAUGACCAGGUUUCUUUUCCCCUCUUAAAGAAUUUGAAAAUUAAUGAGUUAUCAAUGAAAGCUAUUUGGAAUAAGCAAACGAUCCAAUCCUCAGAAGGCUCAAACAAUGCAUCUUGUUCUCAACUGAAAAAUGUCGAAGUAACUCAUUGUCAUAAUCUGGUAAAUGUUUUCCCCUCAAAUAUGCUCCCACAAUUACAAAAAGUGGAGACAUUACGUGUUCGGAGCUGUCAUUCUUUGACAUCGCUAGUGUCAGAGGCAAGGGGAGAAGGAGUGACCGAUGAUGGUAUGAUUAAGUUCUACAAAUUAAAUAAUUUGAUUCUUGUAGAUUUGCCAGAUCUCGAAAGCUUUUAUCAGUCCAAGUUUGAAACAUCACAUUUAUUUAAUGACCAGGUUAUUUUUCCCAAGAUCGAAUAUCUUUUUUUGGAAAACCUCAACAGCUCAAGAGAGAUACAACUUUGGGAUCUUCUAACUACCACACAAGAACAUCUAGAGAUAGUAAAAGUAGUUGGAUGCCAAGUCUCAACCAAGGUUUCGUCUCAUUAUCAGAAGCGAAGCUUUAAAACGAUCGACAAAUUAUACUUAAAGAAUUGUCAGGGAUUCAAACAUGUUAUUGACGUCAAUGGCACAAUAAGCAUUGGUGAAGAGCAGUUUGUUGAUGUGAAAAUCAUAAAGCUCUAUGACUUACCUGAGUUGGUGCUUCUAUGGAGUAAGAAUUUUCAUGAAAUUGGGUGCCUUCGAAGCUUAGAGUACAUAACUAUCAAAAAUUGUCCCCAACUAAAAAAUCUCUUUACGCAUUUCAUGGCCGCGGCUCUUCAACACUUAAAAAUUCUAUCAGUGACAUCUUGUGAAAUGAUGGAAGAGAUUAUUAUUAUUGAAAAGAAUAAUUUUACAGGGGAAGAGAAGGCAACUCGCCAUAUUGAAUUUCCAAAAUUAAGAGAGUUGAUUCUAUUUGACCUACCAAAUCUCAAAAACUUUUGUAAUGAUGAAAGAUGUUCAUAUAGCUUUUCAUCAUUGCGGAAAAUUAAAGUGAAGGAUUGCCCAAAGAUGAAAACCUUUGCUUCUGGACAUAUUUGCUUGCCCCCGGGGAUGACACAAGCUAUGGUAGGAGAUCAAAAGAUCGAAAUCACAGAUCUUAAUGCAUUUUUUGAACUCAGAAAUGAGGAUAGCAACCACAUGAUGAAAACCAUAUGUACUGGGGAGAUGACUUUGAACACGGGUGAAUAUAACUCUGAUGUUGAUGAUAUUUCUGAGUGAAGAUGACUCUGAAGUUGAUAUUGCAAAGUUAUCCUAAUCUCUUGGCAACAAGGGGUAUUCAAAAGGAUACAUUUUCCAAUUGGAUACUUAAGAGGAGAGGCAUAGACGCUGUUUACCAUGGUGAGGGUAGACGUUGAAGUCGAUCAAUUAGUAGCAGGAAAGGUGUGGACAAAAUAUGGAGGUUUGCCUAUUGCUAUAGCUGCGGUUGGAGUUGCAUUAAAGGGUGAGGAAGCUGAAUGCACUUCACGAAUUAGAGAAUUCCCCCGUGAAAUUCUAGAAGGUGUGAAUGCAAAGUCAUGCUUCUUGCUCUAGUCUUUGUUCGCAGAAGAUGCCAAGAUUUCUUCUAUUGAUGAUUUGGCCAGAUACGGGUUGGCCUUGAGGUUGUUUGGAAAAAUAGAUGCAUCUGAAAAAGCAAGAAUUUAAGUACAAGAUAUGGUUAAUCUCCUGAAAAAUCUUGGUUGUUGCUAAAUGGAAGAGGCAAGAUGCAUGAUGCUA